GGGCUCCGGACCGUACCAUGGGUGCCAGAAAGAUGCCGUUGCGGUAGUCGUCUGGCGUGAGGCGGUCCAUCUUCAUUCUCUUCGCCGGUCGCUCGGGGGAGGUGGAGUGCGGGCGGCGGGCCAUGAGGGGAGGGAAGAGGUGGACUCGAAAGGCGCGGUGGCGGACAAAGGCAAGAAGCGGCAUGCGCAAUCAAAUUGAUCGGACGCGGUCGACGCGAUCGCUGGAAGGCAGCAGAGCUUUCGGUCGGUCUUCAGUGCAGCCUCUGAUUGUAAGUCUCGUCGUCUCAGAGGGCUUUCUGCUUGAGGGCCGGAUAGGCGAGCGUCGAAGACACGCCGAGAACAAGGUCGAAGACGCGGCCAUGUUCCCAAAUCGGAAUCCACGGCUCCACGUGCUACGGAGUAUGGCCGACACCUUGGUUCCAACGGUCAUGUCCUGCUCUCCGGAUGCUGCCCGAUAUCUUGUCCUGCUCCGCCAACAUGAACCGCAAGGGACUUCCCUAUUGCUACGUAUACAUCCGAAUUACUAAACUGCCGCAAUCUGAAGGGUCAAUGUGACCGCGUCUAGACGCCAAUAUAAAGCGAUUCUUCGAAAAGGAACAGUAGAUGGCCGUCAAGGGCUUCUAACUCCGGUUCACACGACAAGCUUGGGUCUUCAAUAUCUGUCGUUUGCACCCUAAUAGCACUGCUCUCGGACUCUCGCAGGUGUGGCCAUGUCCACGGACUUCGGACCUGGAAGAACGUUGCCGCAGAUGCUCUCUUCUGCU